AUGGCGGGCCGGGGCCGCGGCCGGGGCCGGGGCCAGAUGACAUUCAACGUGGAGGCCGUGGGCAUCGGGAAAGGGGACGCGCUGCCCCCGCCCACGCUGCAACCCUCGCCCCUCUUCCCGGCCCUGGAGCGCCGCGCCGCGCCCCUGCCCGGGGGCGAGGAGGGCGAGUACAUGCUGGCCCUGAAGCAGGAGCUGCGCAGGGCGAUGAGGGGGCUCCCCUACUUCGUCAAACCGGGGGCACCCCGCAGAGACAUUGAGCGCUACUCAGACAAGUACCAGCUUUCCAGCCCUACAGACAAUGCCAUCGACUGGAGCCCAGACUGGCGGCGGCUCCCACGGGAGCUGAAGAUCCGGGUGCGGCGGCUCAGAAAAGGCAGGACUGCUCCCCUCGUCCCCAAGCAACGCUUGGCACUCGACAAGGAGGAGACUAUUAAGAAGCUGGAGAGCCUGGAGAAGAAGGAGGAGGAGGUGACAUCAGAGGAGGAAGAAGAGAAGGAGGAGGAAGAAGAGGGAAAGGAGGAGGAGGAGGAGGAGGAGUAUGAUGAGGAGGAGCACGAAGAGGAGACCGACUACGUGCUGUCCUACUUUGACAAUGGCGAGAGCUUCGGCCCUGACAGUGAUGAUAACGGCGACGAGGCAGUGUACUGACCCUGAGGACGGCGACCCUCGAGACCACGCACCCCCAGGCUGUGGGGAACCCCGAGACUGGGGAGCCUCCUGGAGCGGGACCCCCUGAAC